AUGAAAGAUAAGAUCCCACAUUCUGACACGAUGGGGAUUAUGUAUGAGAAACGGCCUUUAAAGAGGCCUAGAUUAGGACCUCCUGAUGUCUACCCACAAGAGCCUCGUCAGAAAGAAGACGAGCUUACAUCAGCUAAUGUUAAACAUGGUUUUACAACUACUCCACAGUCAAGUGAUGAAUUUGGAACUGCACGAAAUUUUAACUAUUCAGCAUCUAAGAUUGGACAAUUCUUCUCUGGAAUUCUAUCCAAAAAGGAGGAGCUAAAUACUUUACCUGAUUGUGGCAGAAAGCGCCAACAGGUAAAUCCAAAAGAUAAUUUCUGGCCUGCCACUGCUAGAACUAAGCCACAAAUUGAAGCUUGGUUUAAAGACUUAGCAGGAAACAAACCACUUUCACAACUUGCUAAGAAAGCACCAAAUUUUAAUAAGAAAGAAGAGAUUUUUAUAACAUUGACUGAAUACCAAGUGGCCAUGCCAAGAGCUGCUUGGUUCAUUAAACUCAGUUCAGCAUAUACUGUUGCAGUUUCUGAAGCUAAAAUUAAAAAGAGACAGCUUCCAGAUCCAACUACUGAAUGGACCACAACAUUGAUAAAGUUUCUCAAAGAUCAGAUACCAAAGUUAGCUGAAUAUUACCAAAAUGCAACUCCAGGAAAUAUUUCCGAUAAGACUCCACCAUCUCAGUCAGGUCAAGGAACCCCAAGUCACAACUCCUCGGGUAACCCACCAGGUGGCACCACUCCAAAUAGUUCUACUGUACCAAACUCCAUGCACUCACCAGGAAAUUCAAGUGGACUGGGGUCAUCAACACCAAAUUCAAAUGACAGCACUGAUUGGAGACAGGCCCUGCGGCAGUGGAACUACUGUUGCCGUCUGGCCAGAUAUCUAUUGGACGAAGGCCUACUGGACCGACAUGACUUCCUCACAUGGAUAAUUGAAUUGCUUGACAAGAGAGCGCCUGAUGAUGGACUUUUAAAAUUGUUCUUGCCGCUAGCGCUACAACAUAUGAGUGAGUUUGUCUGCUGCGAAGGGUUGUCGCGGCGCCUCGCCACGUCCUGCGCGAAGAAAGCAGCUGCGAUUUGUUCUGUCCUCUCUGACACCACCCUCAGAACACUUAACCAACCUACUAUCUAUAAUAAGACUAAUGAUAGGAAUGGAGAAGCAAAUGGUACUCCGAUGUCUCCAAACAAUGAAGCUAAUGGGGAUGUCAAACCAAAUGUAUCACAAAUCAAACGUUCAGCAACCCCUGCUGAUACUAACCAAGGGACACCCAAUCCCAACCAUUCCCUAGGAACUCCCAAUCCGAAUCACUCCCUCGGAACUCCCAAUCCCAUGGGAACGCCUAAUCCACAACAAACAAUGGAUGUACAAGUGAAAGAGGAAGCCGCAUCUCCCCCGAGGGAUACUAAAGCAACAUUAACUACAGUGAUAGCAUCAGCAAUGAAUCCAGUACAAGUUGGCUUUGGGGAGAUACUCAACUGUUCCUUUCACCGAGACGUUAUAAUCCAACUUGCUACUAUCUUGCAGAUAAUCUGCAUCGAGUGCCCCACGGCGCUGGUGUGGUCGGGCUGCGGGUCGGCGCUGGCGGGCUCGCCGCUGGACCUGCUGCCCGUGCCGCCCUCCGCGCUGCCCAUGCCGCAGAUGGACUCCGCCCUCACUGAGGAACACCGACGCAUGGUUUAUGAAGCGGAACAGGAAAUAUCUGCUCGAAGUAAAAAAGCUGAAAGCAAAUGGUGUACAGACAAAUGGCAGACCAGCUCACAAGCUCGAGUUUUAGCUGUGCUGGAAGCUCUGGACAGGCACAGCUUCGACCGCGUCGACCCUAACAACAACUUGGACACGCUGUACAAGGAAGUGUUCGCCAACUGCACGCCGCCCAACAAGGAUGGCAACCCUGACCCGAAAGAUCCUGAGUGGGCGUGCUCGUACGCGGUGGUGCGCGUGCUGUGCGAGUGGGCGGUGUGCGGCGCGCGCUGGGGCGAGCACCGCGCCAUGGCCGCGGCCGCGCUGCUGGACCGCCGCCAGCACCACCACCACCACCACGACCACCAGGGCUUAGACGACAAAGAAUCCAUAAGUUCCGGAACAGGUCUCUACAACGGACCGCCUUUAUUUCAAAAUCUACUUCUACGUUUCUUAGACAAUGACGCCCCCAUUUUAGAUGAAAGUCCAAACGCCCCGCCGGGCAAUAGGCAACAGUUCGCGAACUUAGUGCACUUAUUCGGUGAACUGAUAAGACGUGAUGUGUUCUCUCAUGACGCGUACAUGUGUACUCUCAUAUCGAGAGGCGAUCUCAUUUCUCCCACUGAGCCGACGUCCACGGGCACGUCCGCGGUGCACACAGUGGCGCCGCCCGCCAACAGCACGGGCACAAACCACAACAUGGACGAUGAUAUUUUCGCUGGCAUCGAUCUUAAGCCUAAAAUGGAGGAAAAUGUCCGGAUGGAUUUGGAUGACUCAAAAAUUGACGACGAUCUGGACAAACUAUUGCAACAUAUAAAAGAAGAUCAACAGAACUCUAUGGACGCGCCUGACAGUCCAAAAGAUCCGGGAGAACCUUCGCAUAGUGUAAACUCGCCUAUGAUGGGUGCAGGCGGAAUGAGCAUUCCUGGUAUGCAGACUAUAGGGAUGGGACCCAUGUCGGUGCCAGGCAUGCGGUCGUCGAGCGCGGCGGGCUGCGCGGGCGCGGCGUCGCGCCACUACCACUACACGAUGCAUUUCCCGCUGCCGCCGGCCGAGCCCGAGCACACGCCGCACGACGCCAACCAGCGGCACAUCCUGCUCUACGGCGUGGGCCGCCAGCGCGACGACGCCAAGCACGCCGUCAAGAAGAUGACUAAAGAAAUAUGCAAAUUGUUUUCGAAGAAAUUCUCAAUUGAUGUAGCGGAGGGUGGCAAAAUUAAAAAGCAUUCCCGUAGUGAAUUUAAUUUCGAAGCUGUCACACAUAAGUUUCAGGCGAUGUCGAUGUACGAGCAAGGCGCGGUGUCGUGGGCGGUGGGCGGCGCCGUGUGCGAGGCGCUGGCCGCGUACGCCGCGGGCGCCACCACCUACCUGCCGCAGCCCGAGCACGUCGCCUUCGCGCUCGACCUCAUGGAGAUCGCGCUCAACGUGCACGGCCUCAUUGAAACGUGCAUACAGAUACUAAAAGAGCUAUCGGAAGUGGAGGGGGCGCUGAUCACGCGCGGUGCCCCCAGCAGCGGGCUAGCGGCGCCGCGCGCCUACUCCUCCGCGCUCGCGCUCUACACCGUCGGCGCGCUGCGCAGAUACCACUUCUGCUUGUUGUUGUGCGUAGAGCAGACGUCGGCGGUGUUCGAGCAGCUGUGCCGGCUGGUGAAGUGCGUGGUGAACCCGGGCGACUGCAGCUCGGCGGAGCGCUGCGUGCUGGCGCAGCUGCACGACCUGUACAAGGCGGCCGCGCAUCUGUUCCACGCGCCGCAGGCGGACACAUUCGCCAAUGCCUAUCCUAAGAUUAAACAAGCGCUUUACUCGCCGUUGACACCAACUCCAUCUAAUUACCAGUACAAUCCACAGUUCUUGAGCGAAUUUUUCACUAAUCCUCGUAAAGGAAAAAUCGAAAUUUCGUGGGCACGUCAGGUGGCAGAGUCCCCAGCGAAUAGAUACAGUUUUGUAUGCUCCGCCAUGUUAGCUGUUUGCCGCGAGGUGGAUAAUGAUCGCGUGAACGAGGUGGGCGUGGCGUGCGCGGAGAUGACGGCGUGGUGCAGCAGCCUGGCGGCGGAGUGGCUGGGCGCGCUGGUGGCGCUGUGCGGCGCGCAGCACUACCCGCCGCACGCGCAGCACUCGCCCGCGCUCUACCCCGACCUGCUGCACCACCGCGACCUGCACGACGCCGCCGCGCACGACGCGCUCGCCGUGUUCACCUGCAUACUCGUUGCGCGUCACUGCUUUUCGUUGGAGGACUUCGUGCGGCACGCGGCGCUCCCGUCGCUGGUGAAGGCGUGCGGCGGCGGCGGCCCGCUGCCGCCCAACGCGCCCUCGCCCGACGCCGGCGCGCGCCUCACCUGCCACCUGCUGCUGCGGCUCUUCAAGACUGUGGAUACGCCACAACCUGGUCUGUACAGCGUGUCGACGUCCCCGGGGCCGGGCGGCGCGGGCGCGGGCGUGCGCCUCUCCUGCGACCGCCACCUGCUGGCCGCCGCGCACAAGAACAUUGGCGUGGGGCCCGUGCUCGCCACGCUGAAGGCCAUCUUAAUGGUGGGAGAUUCGACUGCCCGAGACGGAGGCAAACCUGGAGGGAAAAAAUCUAGUGAGCUUUCGCACAUAUUAGGGACGAGCGACACUGUGCCCACCGACGCGCAAUUAGACCUCAUGUCGAUGGUAGAUACAGAGAUGAGUGGGGGCCAUAGAACUCCUAGAGGCAGUGGUGGAGUCGGAUCAACUCUUCUCGACUCCUCUCAAUCUCUAUCUUCUCUAGCAAGACGUGUUCUAGCCGAAAUAUGCUCAGAAGAGUGGGUGUUACAGAAGUGCUUGCAGAACCCUGAUGAGUUGUACCAGCCAGAUAUGUUGCUGGACUCUAUGCUUACACCGAGACAAGCUCAAAGAUUACUCCAUAUGAUAUGCUACCCCGACUCAGCCAGCCAUACUCAUCCAGAUCUUGAUCAAAAAACAAUGAUCACUCGUUUACUUGAGAACUUGGAGCAGUGGUCCCUGCGCAUGUCGUGGCUGGACCUGCAGCUGAUGUUCAAGCAGUUCCCGCACGGCUCGUCGGAGCUGAGCGCGUGGCUGGACACUGUCGCGCGCGCCGUCAUCAACGUGUUCCAGCAGCCCGCGCCGCCGCCCCCGGACAAGGACAGGAUGGGCACGGAGCGCGGCGUGGUGAGCACGAGCAAGUGGUCGGAGUCGGUGUGGCUGGUGGCGCCGCUGGUGGCCAAGCUGCCGCCCGCCGUGCAGGGCCGCGUGCUCAAGCAGGCCGGACAGAUAUUGGAAAGUGGUUGGGGUGCUGGCUGUAGCGGCAACUGCUCGAGCGGCGGCGGGGGCGGCGGCGGCUCGCAUCGGGACUGCAAAAGCCAUCAGAGUCCUAGUUAUAAAGGGUCAGCGGGUGCGGGCGGCGGCGGCAAGCGCGGCGUGGGCGGCGGCGUGAGCUGUUCGUGCGGCGCGUCCGCCCUGCGCCUCGCCAACGAGCCGCUGCUGUCGCUCGUGCUCACGUGUCUGCGCAACCAGGACGAUCAGAAGGAGAGCUUGCUAAGCUCUAUCCACGCGCAGCUGUCGCACUACCUGACGCACGCGCGCGACCACGAGCGCAGCGCGUGCGGCGCGGGCGCGGCCGACGCGUGGCACGACGAGGCGGCGCCCGACGCGCUGCAGCUGCGCUUCUCGCUCGCCGGCGGCAUGUUCGACGCCAUCCGCCGCUCCUACCAGCUCACUGCCGACUGGGCGUUGCUGCUCACUCAGCUCGUCGCGCACCAGCUGAUAGAUGCGUAUAGCAAUAGCAACUUGUUCACGACAUUGAUCGACAUGCUCGCGACUCUCAUACACUCCACGCUGGCGGAGGGCGGCGACGACAACAACAGGAAACACUACCAGAAUCUCAUGAAGAAGCUGAAGAAGGAGAUCGGUGAGCGACACGGGCCGAGCGUGCAGGCGGUGCGACAGCUGCUGCCGCUCUCUAAGAACACCAUUAUUGAGGUCAUCGCUUGUGAGCCUCUAGGUUGUCUCGUGGAUCAAAAAGGAAACAAGAUUACUGGAUUUGAUAGCGAUAAGAAACAGGGCCUGCGCCUCACAGACAAGCAGCGCGUGUCGAGCUGGGAGUUGGUGGAGGGCGGGCGCAACCCCGCGCCGCUCUCGUGGGCGUGGUUCGCAGCCACCAAGAUUGAGAGGAAACCUCUUACUUAUGAGAAUGCGCAUAGAUUGUUGAAAUAUCACAAGCAUAGUCUCGUUAAGCCGUUGAGUUAUUAUUUAGAGCCAUUGCCUCUACCGCCCGAAGAUCUGGACACAAAUGACAGUAAACAGGAUAAUGGAAGUUUGGAUUCAAGUCCGACUGGAUCGGGCAAAGGUCGCAAAAUGUCUUGCAAAAUGAAUAACAAAAUUAGUAAAAAGCCGAAACCAACGACGCCGACGAACGGGUCGACGACCCCCGGCGGUACGGCCACGAGCGCGGCCAACCCGCAGCAGCCGCAGUUCAUGCAGCAGCAGCAGUGGUUCCCGCCGCCCGGGCAGGGCUACUACAACCCGCCAGCCGGCGUCGCUCAACGUGGUGUGGCGCCACCGUCCAACACGCAGUCCAAACAAGCCCUCAGCAAUAUGCUGCGACAGCGAUUGCCAUAUACACAAAUAUCACAGAUGCAGCAGAGUGGUGGUUACCCUGGAGCGCCGCACCCGCGAGGCCCUUUCCCGCGCCAAGGCAUAAGACAGAUGCAACCCAACCAGAUGGGACAAAUGCAGCCCAACCAAAUGAAUCCAAUGGGGGGAAUGGGUGGAAUGGGUCCAAUGAGUCAGAUGGGUGGCGUCCAAAUGGGGCCGGGACAAAUGGGCGCUCAGAUGGGCGCCAAUCAAAUGGGUGGAGGGCAAAUGGGGGGCGGUCAGAUGGGAGGCGCACAGAUGGGCGGUGGCCAGAUGGGAGGAGCCCAAAUGGGCGGUAUGAGCGGACAAAUGUUCGGCAAUCAAUAUGGCGGAAUGCAACAGGGAUAUGGCUACAGCCAGCAGAUGAUGCAAGGUGGCCAGCAACAAAUGAUGAAUCAGGGUAUGGGCCAAAGCGGGCAAAUGGCACAGAUGGGCCAACAGGUAAACCCAAUGGGGCAAGGCGUAAACUCUAUUGGGCAGAAUGUCGGCCAAAUGAACCAGGGGGUGGGACAGUCUGCGCAGAUGCCACAGGGUAUGGGACAGAUGGGCCAGGGCAUGGGGCAAAUGGGACAGGCUAUGGGUCAAAUGGGCCAGAUGAGCCAGGGAGGCGGUAUCGGCGGUAUGAACAGCCAGUCGGCGCCGAUGGGGCCGCAGGGGGGUAAUGCAAUGGGGGGAUUCCCAGGACAACAAUCAUUCCAACAGAACAUGCUGAGUGGUCGUGCAAGUCAAGAGGCUUACUUAGCGCAACAAAGGCAAAAUGCUCGACCACAAUAUAUGCAGCAAGCACCGAACGUGACGAUGGGCGGCAUGGGCGGUCCCGCGCCGCCCUACCCGCGCGCCAUGCAGCCGGCACAGGGCGGCCAGUACCCGCAGAUGCAGCGCAUGCGCCAACAGAUGCUCGCCAUGCAGCAGCAGCAACAGCAGCAGCCACUUGUGCAGCAUUUGCAGCGGCAGCAGUACCAAACACCCUAC